GUCCAGUCCACGGUUGCACGAUUAAACAAAACACAAGAAUGUAUAUAAAUAAAUAAAAAAGAAAAUUGCUUUGCCGUGUGCGUGUAUGUUCGAUCAAUCCUUUUUUAUCUCUUUCACAACCGAACAGCUAACAUUGGAGAGCUUCCAACGAUUCCAUAAAGACGUGUUGUUUGAUGAAUCACUUCGAUUGGUUUCAAACCUUGUUUCGUCUAUCAACCUUUGCUUCAAUCCCCCAACAGCACUCGACUGCUUAUGUUCUCCGUGAAUAAAUUCAUUCGGAGAAUCGGCCACCGACAAAUUCCGGGCUUCCGUUGCACUCAAAUUCGCGUCUUUUGCUGCUCCUUGAAGGAAGAUCAGCCUCAACUUUAGUAGAGUCGAUUCAGUUCGAUCUCUCUAAUUUAGGUUAAUCUGCCUGGUAGUGGUUAAAAAUCAGUUCCGAUUUCUGGGUUCUGUCCUAAUGGUCUGUUUCCACGUCUCCGUCCCGGUGGAUCAUCAUCAGAAUCAGAUAGACAUGAAGAAAUCGGUGAAUUCAACUGAUCCUUGUCCGAAAUCAAGGAAUAAAAGGGCACCCAAUUCGCCGAAUCACUCGAGGAUCCCGCUCUGCCGGCGCUCUCAAUCGGCCGCCGUCGACGUGUUCAUCUUGAUAGCAGUGAUUGGGGCUUGUGGGUUCCUGUUAUUUCCCUACAUAAAGCUGUUAUCGUCCAACGCCGCUCAAAUUGCCGUGGGAAUAGUUCACGUGGCCGGCGAAGAAGUCUUGCGUGCUCCCGCUAUUUACGGCUGUUUGGGGCUCAGCAUUUUGUGCACGGCGGCCGCCGCCUCGGCGAUUACAGUCUGCACGAGUGGGAGAUGCGGAAAACCGGGCUGUCGCGGGCUGAGGAAGGCGGCGGAAUUCGAUAUCCAGCUCGAGUCAGAGGAUUGCGUCAAGAGUUCAAGUUGCUUGGCCAAAAAUGGAGUGAAGAAAGGGUUGUUCAAAUUACCGCGCGAUCAUCACCGAGAACUGGAGGCUGAGCUUCGUCAGAUGGCACCCCCAAAUGGACGAGCCGUUCUCGUCUUUCGGGCAAGAUGUGGCUGCUCUGUUGGCAAAAUGGAAGUUCCCGGCCCCAAGAAACCUCGAAAGGUUAAGAAGUAGAAGAACUGUUCUUGCUUUCAUAGAGGAGAGCUAUAAUGGAGAGAGAGAGGGAGAAGAGUGCUGCCUCUUCUUAGUUGAAUAAUAAUGUGUGUUUAAUAAGCUCGUGUUGAAAGGAUAAUCCCUAAUUGGCUAUUGCAAAUAUAAGAAUCCUCCAUUGUCGUCUUCUCUUUU